GUCCUUCCUUGAACUGUUGUCGCGCGCUUGCCCGACACGCCGGUUUUUGAGUACUAUCUAGCUAGUUAGGUCAAAACGUUAAAAGAAAAUGUCUCGCUGUUUAGCAUUAUUUAAGUUUGCACUUGAAACUUCUGGGAAGGCUAAUUCCAGGCUUUUCUCGUUUAGGCAAAGGGUAGGAACCCGGAUCGUCACAGCGACAUUUAGUGGAGUCAGUACGAGUACAAGGCAGCAGUGGUAUUGCACUAGUCCUCGACUGUGGAUACCCAGCCAUCCUAGUGGGAUUGUGGCCUGUCGAGUCUACAGCACCCAGGCAGAAGCCACAGAGGAGGAGCCUCUCCACAAUAUCAUUAGUGAAACUGAGAAUGUCCAAGGAUCCUUCUCCAAGCAUGAGUUCCAGGCAGAGACAAAAAAGUUGCUGGACAUUGUGGCCAGAUCUCUGUACUCAGAGAAAGAGGUGUUCAUUAGGGAGCUUAUUUCCAACAGCAGCGAUGCCCUAGAGAAGCUUCGGCAUAAGCUAGUCACUGGAGGGGGAGACACUGCACCUAUGGAAAUCCACCUGCAGACAGAUGCAGCCAAAGGCACUCUGACCAUUCAGGAUACAGGCAUUGGUAUGAAUCAAGAUGAGCUGGUUACUAACCUGGGUACCAUUGCUCGGUCUGGUUCUAAGGCCUUCCUGGAUGCUCUGCAAAACCAAGCUGAAGCAAGCAGCACCAUCAUUGGCCAGUUCGGUGUUGGCUUCUACUCAGCCUUCAUGGUGGCAGACAAAGUGGAAGUUUAUUCACAGAGCGCAGAGUCAGGUGUCCCUGGAUACAAGUGGUCAUCUGAUGGCUCAGGCGUGUUUGAGAUCGCAGAGGCUAGUGGGGUGAGACAGGGCACAAAGAUUGUGAUCCACCUUAAGGAUGAUUGCAAGGAGUUUUCUUCUGAGGAUCGUGUCAAAGAGGUUAUAACCAAGUAUAGCAACUUUGUAAAUUUCCCCAUCUACCUGAAUGGUCGGCGACUGAACACUCUGCAGGCGCUCUGGAUGAUGGACCCCAAGGAGGUGAGUGAGUGGCAGCAUGAGGAGUUUUAUCGCUAUGUGGCCCAGGCGUACGACAAGCCUCGCUAUACACUGCACUACCGGGCUGACGCACCACUCAACAUCCGCAGCAUCUUCUACGUGCCCGAGACGAAGCCAUCCAUGUUUGACGUGAGUAGGGAGAUGGGUUCCAGCGUGGCUCUGUACAGCAGGAAAGUACUCAUCCAAACCAAAGCCUCAGAUAUCCUCCCCAAAUGGCUGCGCUUCCUGCGAGGUGUGGUGGACAGUGAGGACAUCCCCUUGAACCUCAGCAGAGAGUUGUUACAGGAAAGUGCACUCAUCAGGAAACUGCAGGACGUGCUCCAGCAGCGUGUGAUUCGUUUCUUGCUGGACCAGAGCAAGAAGGAGCCCGAGAAAUAUGCUCGCUUUUUCGACGACUACGGCCUUUUCAUGAGAGAAGGCAUUGUCACAACAGCUGAGCAGGACGUCAAGGAGGACAUUGCCAAGCUGCUGCGCUUCGAGUCUUCGGCACUACCCACCGGCCAGCACACCAGCCUCAUGGACUAUGCAACGCGGAUGAAGGCAGGCACAAGGAACAUCUACUACCUGUGUGCCCCCAACCGCCAUCUGGCUGAACACUCCCCAUACUUUGAGGCCAUGAAGCAGAAGGAUAUGGAGGUACUUUUCUGCUAUGAGCAAUUUGAUGAGCUAACGCUGCUGCACCUUCGAGAGUUUGACAAGAAGAAGCUCAUCUCCGUGGAGACAGACAUUGUUGUAGACCACUACAAAGAAGAGAAGUUUCAAGACAGCAGGCCAGCAUCAGAAAGACUGAGUGAGCAGCAGACUGAGGAUCUAAUGGUAUGGAUGAGAAACUCCCUUGGCCAGAGAGUCACCAAUAUCAAGGUGACCCCGCGGCUGGCCACUCACCCAGCUAUGAUCACGGUGCUGGAGAUGGGGGCGGCACGCCACUUCCUCCGCACGCAGCAGUUGGCACGCACCAGCGAGGAGCGAGCGCAGAUCCUGCAGCCCACACUGGAGAUAAACGCUGGGCAUGACCUCAUCAAGAAGCUUCAUUCUCUGAAGGACUCGAAUCCUGACCUGGCACAGCUGCUUCUUGAGCAGAUUUAUGACAAUGCCAUGAUCGCAGCUGGCCUGAAUGACGAUCCCCGGCCAAUGAUCUCUCGUUUAAAUGAUCUGCUAACGAAAGCCCUGGAAAAACACUGAGGAGCAGGUUAUAGAGAUGCCUCUGUUGAGUCAUAUCCUGAAGACAUUUUUGUUUUUUCAAAGCCCUCUGUAGGGCCUGCAUCAUCACAUCUUGUCCCACCCUCUGACAAAUCAGCAGGAGCUGAGCCUAAACCCUAGCAAAGGUAUUUGGGAGGAACCCUCCCUGCUAAAUAGCACUGUUGGUGAAAUGUGCAGUUGGCUUCUAAUCUUUGCCAAGUUUUUCCACUGCUCUUGUGAUUGCCAAAGUUUGUCAGAGGGAAGAUGGCACAGGUCUAAUGUGAAAGGGCAACUUCAAAAGUUGAUGUGUGAAGUUCCCCUCUAUCCGAGCUGCACCAUGUGAACAGCAGUUUGCACUCUUGAACACGUUAGGCAAUUCCAAGGAGAUCAUAAUCUUUUUAAUGUUCUUGGCUUCUCUACAGAUUUGUCCUUUUUUUUUUUUUUUACGAUCAGCAUAUACACUUAACAUGUUAUCAGCCCCUUUCAUAUUCAGGUGUAAAGGUCAAAUUAACAGGUGUCUGCAAUAAAUGUUUGUCAAAUGCCAUCAUUCAUCAAGAGCUUAAACUUCUCAUUCAUUUUAAUACAUACACAAGUUAUGUGGUUUGUAGAAAUCUUAUUGACUUUAUUUGUUCCAUAUUCUACUUUGUGUGAGCUGAAUUUGAUUCUGGAAAACCAGUUACACCACAGCUUUUCAGCUGAAGUGCAUAUGUAUUAAAAAUGCAGUGGAAAGAU